AAUAAAAAUAAUAUAUGGUUGGCGUGGCUAACGUCUUUUCUUCGUCUUAAUCCCAGCUCUCUCUCUGUUUGGCCAAUGAAAGAAUUUCAAGUUGAGAGGAAACAUAAAAUUAGGAAACAAAACACAAAACAACUGUGUGCGACUCCGGAGACUGGCAUUCACACCCCCAUAGUCUAGAAAACCCUUCCAUGGAGGAGAAACGCCGGGACACCGGAACCCUAAUGUCUCCCGCCGGUGAAUUUUCUCCGCCUGCGGAGCCCACCUCUUCGCGGCGCCGGGGCGGAGCUCAGAAGAGAAAAGCUAACAACCUCGGCUCGUCCGGCUCUUCAUCCACGUCGUCGAAGCGCAUCACUCGCGAGAAAGCUUCUCUCGUUCACCCUCCGAUCCACAACGGCCCACUAACCAGGGCUCGUCAGGGACCCAGCAAUCUCUCCUCGGCUUCCGGGGCAGGUGUUGUAGCGGCGUCACCUACUGGGGCGAAGCCAGCUGAACACGCCAAGCAUCCUGGUGGUUUAGUUGGGGAGACAAUUGUUUCUGUAGCUGAGGAAUUAAGAAAACAGAGCGAAUUGGAAGCUUUGGAGGCUGGACUUGAGGCCAAGUUCGUGGCCACUAGAUCUCGUAGUAACUGCGCCCAUGUGGUUCCCAGUCAUUGCGGAUGGUUUUCAUGGAAAAAUGUCCACCCCAUUGAGGAACGCACAUUGCCAUCUUUCUUUAAUGGGAAGUCCGAGUCGCGUACUCCUGAUGUGUACUUGGAAAUUCGUAACGGGAUUAUGAAGAAAUUUCAUGCAAAUCCAAACAUACAAAUUGAGUUGAAAGACUUGUCAGAACUUGAGGUUGGAGAAUUGGAUGCUAGACAAGAGGUAAUGGAGUUUUUGGACCAUUGGGGUUUAAUUAAUUUCCACCCAUUCCCACCAACUGGUCCUGCCACUGGUGGUGCUGAUGAUAAUGUUGCUUCAGAAAAGGGUUCAUUGGCUGAUAAGUUGUAUCACUUUGAAACCCUGCAAUCUUCUAAGCCUGUUAUUCCCAAAAAUAAUAUAUCAGCUCCAGCUGUGUCAUCAAGACUGUUUCCCGAAUCAUCAAUUGCUGAAGAGUUAAUAAGGCCUGAGGGUCCAGCUGUCGAGUACCAUUGCAAUUCUUGUUCAGCUGAUUGCUCACGCAAGCGCUACCAUUGCCAGAAGCAGGCAGAUUUUGAUCUAUGUACUGAUUGCUUUAACAAUGGGAAGUUUGACUCUGGUAUGUCAUCUUCGGAUUUUAUUCUCAUGGAGCCUGGUGAGAUGCAGGGUCUCAGUGGGGGAAAGUGGACCGAUCAGGAGACUCUCCUCCUCCUUGAGGCAUUAGAACUUUAUAAAGAAAACUGGAAUGAGAUUGCUGAACAUGUCGCUACGAAAACAAAAGCUCAAUGCAUAUUACAUUUUGUUCAAAUGCCAAUUGAGGAUAGCUUUUUUGAUAGUUGUGAUGAUAUUGAAGCUGUGGAUCCAGCUUCUAGUGAUAAAUUAAACCCCAAGGAUGCUCUUGAAACAAAUGAUAGUGAGACUGCUAUUAAUGUAAAUCAGUCCACUUCUUCCCCAAUGGAAACUUCAAAAGAAGAAAUGACUGAAGUUCAAGCUAGUCAGGACACUUCAAAACAUGAAGAUACAGACAAAGGAAAAGUUGACCAGGACACUUCAAAACUGGAUGAUGGCAGUGAAUCUAAAGGUGGCAAGGAUGCAGAAGAAAAUUGUGCAAUGAAGGCUCUCAAGGAAGCAUUUGAAGCUGUUGGUUAUCCUCUGAUACCUGAACGACCAUUUUCAUUUGCUGAAGUGGGGAAUCCUGCCAUGGCAUUGGCAGCUUUCCUGGCACAUUUGGUUGGACCUGAUGUUGCUACUGCUUCAUCACACAAUUCUUUAAAAUCCCUAUCUGGAAACUCCCCAGGCAUUGAGCUGGCUUCAAGACACUGCUUUCUUUUGGAGGAUCCACCAAAUGACAUUAAGGAACCAGCUGGGUUGCCUAGUGUGGUUGCUGAAGCUACUAAUGAGAGCUUUGUGAAUGAAAAAAUCGAAGCAGACCUUCCGAAAGAAGAUAUACCAACUGAUCAUUGUGACAAGAAAAGUCAAGAUUCUGUUCUUGAAGCGAAAACAUUGGAUGUCCCAAAUGUUGAAACCUCCGAGAUAUAUCACAGUGCGAAAGAACAAGAUAUUAAAGCUGGUAGUGAUGAAGCUUCUGGUAGUGUAAGUACAGCAAACAAAUCAAGCACUCCUGCGAUAGUAAAGGAUCAACCACUAUCUACGGAUGAUUUACAAUCUGAGGCAGAGAUUCCGCCAAGUUUUGUGAAGGAGUCAGAAGCGAAAACAGAAGAGCCUCCUGAACCCAGAAAGACGUCAAAGGAAGUAGAAAUGUCUGAAACUACCCCUGAAAAGAAUGAGCUGCAAGAAACAGUUCCAUCAGAUGUAUUAAAGGAACCUACCAAUUCAGUAGAUGCGCAAGUAGAUGAACCUAAUGAUUCUUUGCAUUCAAAAAAUAAUAAGGAUCAGCAUGUAACUGCCACUUCAGUUGGAAAACCUUCUUCUGAGGAACCAAGAGACAUAGAUAUGGUGCCUCAUUCGGGGAACUCAGAAAAGAAUGAACCUUCACAGCCAGCUGAACCAAAUGUAACAGGUGAAAAAGUUGUGGAUCUUACUAAAGAUCGUGACAAAAAGAAUGGUAUGGGUAUAAAAGAAGACACCAAGAUUGAUAAAAUAAAGUGUGCAGCUGUCUCUGCUAUCUCUGCAGCAGCAGUGAAGGCCAAACUUCUAGCAGAUGAGGAAGAAGACCAAAUCCGACAACUUUCCAUGUUACUGAUAGAGAAGCAGUUGCUAAAACUGGAAACCAAGUUAGGGUUUUUUAAUGAGAUGGAAAAUGUACUAAUGAGGGUUAGGGAGCAAUUAGAUAGAUCAAGGCAACGUCUUUACCAUGAACGGGCGCAAAUAAUUGCAGCCAGACUUGGCUUACCCGCUUCCUCAUCUCGAGGGGCGUCUUCAUCUUUGCCUGCGAAUAGGGUGAACAUCAACGUUACUAACUCAGUUCAAAGGCCUCCAUUUAGCAUGGUUUCUCAGAGGCCUCCCUUGUCAAGACCCAUGGGGACAGUGGCGCCUACCCCUUCAAUACCAUUGUCCACAACAACAGCAGGUUCACAAAUGCAAGGGUAGUUUACACAUUGUCAAGAAGAUUUUCCUCAAGCAGUUUCGAGAUUAAAAGAUUAGCAGUUUGCUCCCGUAUCAGUGAGGCUGACUAUACUUAUUAGUGCGCUUGGAGUUCUGGUGAUGACGAUGUUGUUAGGUCUGAGUUCUUAGCAAACUUUUUUGACAUCUUUGAACUCUGCUUGUGGUAGCUGUCCCUGCAUCCGUCUUGUAUUCCUCUGCAGUUUCUUAUAGAGCUAAGAAAUAAAAGGGAUCACAAAUUGUAAUGGAAACUGGCUCUUGGAAGUACUAAUGUUAGACUAAUUGCCUGCUGACCGAGUAACUUGUAUUCCUUUAGUGGAUAUUAAAAUAGGUGAUUUAGAGAGGAGAUUCCGGUACUGAUGUAUUGGUUCGUUUGUUAAAAUUAUUUGCUAGUUUGAGUUGUAUAUUUGUAUCAAUACAGCGCCUAUCGGAGAUUGUAAAAUCUCUCUUGAUAGUGAAAGUUCACGAGUGUUGGACCAGAUAAUUUUAUUUUAUUCUUCGUAUUUGAGAAGAAAAAUUGCAUGUGUUUGAUACAAAAAGUUUCAGUGAUUUUAUUUUCUGUUAA